UCUUGUGCAGAUGUGGACCAAAAAUGUAACCAUGUUUUGAACUCACUAGUUUAUGCCAAAGACUGAACAAAGCGUGUUGAGCAGAAACAAGCCAGUUCAAAAAAUGUUUACAUUUUAGUCCUCAAAUGUACAAGAUGGUCACACAUUCCCCUUAAAUGCCGACUUCGCUCUCCUGAUCAGAGGGCUGUGAUUACAAGCGCUUGCACAAAGUUUUACACGAGUGCUGUCCUGUUGCAUUGACCUCAAUUAGCAGCAAGGAAAACGUAUCAGCUAUGUUGAGAACUCGUGUGUUAAGGAAGCGGUUACCUGAAAUUUUCGUCUGCUACUUGUUAGAGAAUAAAACACGUACAAAAUGAGAAAGGAUCCGAUUUCGCUCAUAGCACUUAUUACAUUUCUUUUGGUUAGAGGAACACGUACUUUAAAUAUCACAGACGUCAAAACCCCAUCAGGGUGGGUGAGGGGCUAUGAAGAAAACUACGAAAGUGGACAAGUAUACAGAUUCAUCAAAAUUCCAUACGCUGAGCCUCCAAUAGGAGAAUUACGCUUUCAAAAAACAAGACCAAUCAGAGAAUGGAUAGACAUGAAAGGAAUAAGAGAUAUAAAUGGUCCUCAGUGUCCUCAGGUAAUAAGUCCAACUCCGGGAUUUGAUACAUUACAAAACGACGAAGAUUGUCUGUAUCUCAAUGUCUAUGUGCCUGGAAAAAUUUCAAAGGACAAUCAAUUAUCAGUAAUGGUUUGGAUUCAUGGCGGUGGAUUUGUCUUUGGUGGAGCAAGUCAGUACAAACCUCAGAAAAUUGUUUUGGGAGGUAAUGUCAUUGUUGUAACCAUUAACUAUAGAUUAGGACUUUUCGGAUUUUUGAACUUACAUGACCCUUUGGCGCCCGGAAAUUAUGGUCUCUGGGAUCAAGUUGAAGCACUUCGCUGGAUUCAGAAAAAUAUUGCAGCUUUUGGGGGAAAUCCUAAAUCGAUAACAAUAUUUGGACAGUCGGCAGGUGGAAUGAGUGUAAGUCUUCUAGCGCUGAUUCACUCUAAUGAUGGACUCUUUCAAAGAGCUAUUUCCCAAAGUGGAGCGGUUUCUUUCUUUGCAAUAGCAGGGAAAAUAGCUGAGGAAAAAACAAAUGAAGUAUUGUUGAAGAAUACGAAUUGUAAACGAGAAAGAGUAUCAGAAACGUUGUCCUGUCUUCAAAACCUACCAGCAGAAAAUAUAACAGAAGCAGUUACUUUAACAGAGUUUGUAAACCCGGAUAAUAUUACAGCCGAGAUAGGAAGCAUGACUCCAACUGUCGAUGGCUAUUUGAUUAAGACAGAUUUGGCAUACCCUGAGAAUUGGGACGGUAGAAUCUAUCAAUUCUUUAGGAGCAUUGAUUUUAUGUCUGGUACAACGGAUGGUGAAGGAAACGUAGGGUUUUUUAAUAUACCUCAAAAUGUGUUAACAAAAUUAAAUGUCAGCGCAACCGAGGCUGUCCCUAAAAGCGUUUUAUGUCAAGUUUUGGCUCCCAUGUUCGUUCAAACAGGUGCUGGUAACAUUCCCUCUCUGACGCAAGAAAUAUGUGACUAUUACACAGCUGAAGACGUUGAUGAACAGAGUAACAAAGUGUUCGAGUUUUAUGGUGACUCGUGGUUUAUUGCUCCGAGCAACAUCAUGUUAUCCAUUCACGCAAACAACAAGGAAAAUACCAAGACCUUCCAGUAUCUUUUUACCCAACCCUCUCCAUUUCCUCUCCUUCCAAGAGAACUUCUUCCGUCUUGGUUAAAGGGGGCAGGACACGGAGAUGAAUUACAUCUAUUGUUUAUCAUUUCACGGGAUCACAUUCCAGAGGAGAAAUUGAAAACAAUAGAUCUUGCUGCUGUGGACAGGUUGUCAAUGGAUUUUAUUCAGUAUUGGACUAAUUUUGCCAAGUUUGGAGAUCCAAACUCCAACGGACUUCCUGAGUGGCCUUCGUACGAUAAUUCAGAAGAACAGUAUGUUAUCAUUGGCGCCAACAUUACGAAAGGAAGGCAUCUAAAAUCUGGAGCAACGAAAAUAUUGAAUAAGAUAUUGAAUGCAGGAAGCAAACAACUUUCACAUUCUCAAAAGUUAUCUCCGUUUAUCCAUAUAAGUGUACUUUUUCUCCUUUUGUCUUUUGUUUUUCACCUGUAAACAUUUUGAUUAUAAAAACGCCUUUUUCUCUGCUGAAGAUAUAAAAGGAAACAUUAGAUUUUAAUCUGUCACGCAAUGCCCAACCGAUCCAACAAAUGUAUAUAUUUCGUAAAUAUUAGAUUCAAUAUCUUCAUUUAAUAUGAAUUAUAUUUUUUGUUUUGUAGAAGACAGAUAAAUAAUAAUAAUUUUAUAAUUAUCUAAUAGCCAACAUGAAGUUUAUUUUUAUCAAUAAGUAAUUAACAAUGUAAUAAAGCUAUGUUUUAACAUUGGUUGAAACGCCAAAUGUGAUUGAUAUUUCUGCCAAAGUGAAUAUGUACAUUAAUGUAUAUAUAGCAUGUAUUAUAGUAAAUAAAACAUUU